GCUGCGCGGCCGCUCCGCUGUAGCAACUCCUUCGGGAAGGCGCCGGCCCGGCGGCGGGGCUGGCCGCGGCCGCGCUCCUCGCCACCCAGUCCCAGUCCGUCUGUCGGGAUUACGCAGCUGGGCGCGGAGCGGGAGCGCUUGGCGAGGAUCAACCUGGCGCAGGCUCUUGAACCUGAUCUACAAUGGAAAAACUGCUUUUGUUUCUGCUGUUCAUUGGCAUAGCGGUGAGAGCUCAGAUCUGCCCAAAGCGCUGUGUCUGUCAGAUUUUGUCUCCAAACCUUGCCACCCUUUGUGCCAAGAAAGGGCUCUUAUUUGUUCCUCCCAAUAUUGACAGGAGGACUGUGGAGUUACGGCUGGCAGACAACUUUGUUACAAACAUUAAAAGGAAAGACUUUGCCAAUAUGACCAGCCUCGUGGACCUGACGCUGUCCAGGAAUACAAUCAGUUUUAUUACACCUCACGCAUUUGCUGAUUUGCGCAAUUUGCGGGCUUUGCAUUUGAACAGCAACAGAUUGACUAAGAUCACAAAUGACAUGUUCAGUGGACUCUCCAAUCUUCACCACUUGAUACUUAACAACAACCAGCUGACUUUAAUUUCUUCUACAGCUUUUGAUGAUGUUUUAGCUCUUGAGGAAUUGGAUUUGUCUUACAACAACCUGGAAACCAUCCCGUGGGAUGCUGUGGAGAAGAUGGUUAGUUUGCACACUCUCAGUCUAGACCAUAACAUGAUUGACCAUAUUCCUAAGGGGACCUUCUCCCACUUGCAUAAGAUGACCAGGUUGGAUGUCACAUCUAACAAACUGCAAAAGCUACCGCCUGAUCCUCUCUUCCAGCGAGCUCAAGUACUAGCAACCUCAGGAAUUAUCAGCCCCUCGACAUUUGCGUUGAGCUUUGGUGGGAACCCUUUGCAUUGCAACUGUGAGCUUUUGUGGCUGAGGCGUCUUUCAAGGGAGGAUGACCUGGAGACUUGUGCUUCUCCCACGCUCUUGUCCGGCCGGUACUUCUGGUCGAUCCCUGAGGAGGAGUUCCUGUGUGAGCCUCCUCUCAUCACCCGGCAUACCCAUGAGCUGCGGGUGCUGGAGGGCCAGCGGGCAGCAUUGCGGUGUAAGGCCCGGGGGGACCCUGAACCAGCAAUUCAUUGGAUUUCACCUGAGGGCAAACUGAUUUCAAAUGCAACGAGGUCCGUGGUGUAUGACAACGGGACACUCGACAUCCUGAUAACGACGGUGAAGGAUACAGGCUCCUUCACCUGCAUUGCUUCCAAUCCAGCUGGGGAGGCCACGCAGACAGUGGACCUGCACAUAAUCAAACUCCCCCACUUGCUGAACAGUACGAACCACAUCCACGAGCCUGACCCUGGCUCCUCGGAUAUCUCUACUUCCACCAAGUCAGGCUCCAAUGCGAGCAGUAGCAAUGGGGAUACUAAAGUCAGCCAAGAUAAGAAGGUGGUCGUUGCAGAAGCAACAUCUUCUACUGCUCUGCUGAAAUUCAAUUUUCAGAGGAAUAUACCUGGGAUACGUAUGUUCCAAAUCCAGUACAAUGGUACUUACGAUGACUCCCUUGUUUACAGAAUGAUACCUCCCACAAGCAAAACCUUCCUGGUCAACAACCUGGCCGCUGGGACUGUGUAUGACCUGUGCGUCCUGGCAAUCUACGAUGACGGGAUCACCUCGCUCACCGCCACCAGGGUGGUGGGCUGCACACAGUUCACCACUGAGCAGGAUUAUGUGCGCUGCCACUUCAUGCAGUCCCAGUUCCUGGGUGGGACCAUGAUUAUCAUCAUUGGUGGGAUCAUUGUGGCCUCUGUGCUUGUGUUCAUCAUCAUCCUCAUGAUCCGCUACAAGGUGUGUAACAACAACGGACAGCAGAAGGCCACCAAGGUCAGCAACGUGUACUCACAGACGAACGGGGCUCAGAUCCAGGGCUGCAGUGGGGUGCUGUCGCAGUCGAUGUCCAAGCAGGCUGUUGGGCAUGAAGAGGGCAUCCAGUGCUGCAAGGUUGCUAGCGACGGCGUGACACAGUCUCCAGAGACUGGCUCCAGCCAGGACUUGGGCACUACUACCUCCGCUUUGCCUCCCACCUGGACUUCCAGCACUUCUGUCUCCCAGAAGCAGAAGCGAAAGUCAGGGCCAAAGCCAAGCAGCGAGCCGCAGAGUGAAGCUGUCAGCAGUAUUGAGUCCCAAAACACUAACAGAAAUAACUCCACUGCUCUGCAGUUAGCUAGCCGUCCCCCCGACUCUGUCAAAGGGGCCCCCACGUACAAAAGAGCACAAUCAAAGCCAAGUAAGUUCCUCACUUUGCCAGCUGACGCAUCCCGAGCCAAGCGCAGGCUCUCCCUGGGCGGUGAGCUGAUGGAGUCCCGCUGCCCUGGCAGCGCCUGGGGCGCAGGCGGACUGCGGUCCAAAAGGAGCAUGUCCAUGAAUGGGAUGCUAGUCCAGUCGGACAGCUCUGAUGUGGAUAGUGGAAAAGCAACUUUCUCCAGUUCUGAGUGGAUAUUGGAAAGCACUGUGUGACCUGCUUUUUUUUAUUAUUAUUUUUCUUUUCUUAUUUUAGUUUUUAUUUCAAUGAAAAAACGCCAAACGUGUGUAUCUCCCUCUUCCAGGGAACUGGAUUUGGAAGUCCACUGCUGUCUCACUGAUUAAUGGCUUGUUCAUGCGGGGUUCUUUAUAAGCUACCCAGUGCACACAGGGUUUUAUUUAGUUUUCAUUUGGUUUUAUUUAAUAUCAAAACCGAAGGCAACAUUCAGAGGUAAAAAGUAUAAAAAUAAAAAUAAAAAAAAAGGAAAAAAAAGAUUAAGGGGUGAAAAAAAGCAUGAAACAGCACCAGUGCCUUCCCUACUCUAGGACUGGCUUCCUGGUUCUGCAGUAGCAGAAAACAAAAGAGAGAGUUUUCACAGAAAAAGCCUUUUAUAAAGGAAAUGAAAUUUCCUCCAAGCUAACAAAAUAACCACUUCUGGAUCAAUCAGUAAAAUGAUAUUUUUUAAAAUGGUCAGACUGUAUAUUUCUUUUCCGUGACAAUGGUGUUGCCUUUGUUUUUAGGCAGAUGCUGUACAAGAACAGCAACGCUGUGUUGUUAUGUUGUGUAAAAUAAACUAUUCACUCCGUACA